UAUUGUCAACCUUAUCAACCAAUAUGCCAAGUUAUAAAUAUGACCCAAAGAAAUCCUUUCAUCAUCAACUCUGGUAAUGACCCAAAGUCCAACGACACCUACAUCGUGGAGAACACAUUGAUGUUCAACAGCCACUCAAUACCCUCCAACACAAAAUCACUUAUCUUUGGUGGAUUGAUCAAUGAGUACAUUACACCUGGACUCCUACCAGAUACAUUAAAAUCAAUUCUAUUUGGAACAUCAUUCAAUCAACCAAUAGACCAUGGAUGUUUACCAUCAUCACUCACAAGUCUAUCAUUUGGAGAUCACUUUGAUCAACCCUUGGAGCCAAGGGUACUUCCACCUUCACUCAAAUCGCUUACAUUUGGUAAUCUAUAUGACCAUACUUUCAAAAAGAAUACACUACCCUCCACUUUGACCCAGUUGUCUUUGGGUAUAUAUUACCUCAAACCGAUCAACCCUGGAAUACUACCAUCAUCAAUCACCUCAUUGGUUCUUGGUCAGGGCUACAAUCAACCAUUAUCACCAGAUGUGUUGCCAAUGUCUCUCACAGAGUUGACUAUUGGUGAGCAUUUCAAACAAUUGGCCAAUGUCGACAUGGUAUCAUUCCCAGCCAAUCUUCAAAGAUUAAACAUUCACAAUGUUACACAACUAUGCUACCUCACUUGCAAGCCUCAUAGUAUUGAACAUCUAAUAGUUCAAAGACCAUACGUUGAACCAAGGAAUUUCGAUCCAAUCCAACCUACUCAGGGUCUCAAGAUAUUGGAGAUCACAACAAACAUUCGAUUGUUCACAUCAUACAUCCGAUUCAUGGAGCUCUACAGUUACUUCCAUCACAAGUUUCCAGGUGUUCAAACUAUACACCUAUACGUGGACGGCAAUUCAUACUACAAGGAAACAGUGUUCAAGUUCCGAUUGAUGGACCGCCUGCCAAGACAACCGGCACAAGUACUCUUUACUCUGAGGCACACUCACAAGAGUGGACCAACACUAUUUGAUCACAUUCCAACAUCACCAGACCUUGACGAUGAAUCAUUGAAGCCAAAGACAAUA